UAUUGUCAGGUAAAGGUAGUGAAGGCAGGCUGUGUCUGCCCUCAUGUAAAUUCCCUCCAAGAGGAAAGUCAAGAAAUAUCAAGGAUGCGUGAAGAUAACGAAACAGAAGGACGUCUUCUUUUGAAACAUGUGUGACAUGAACAUGUAUAUCAUUGAGUAAAGUCUUUGCACUGUCAGCAAAAACUGAAUACCAAGUGUUCAUGAAUGGUAGGCAGUCAUGGAGGAAAAACAUAAAGUCUUGCUCCUUGCCAAACGCCUGGAGAUUACAAGUGAUCUGCGGUUUGGAUACAUUCGGCGACGCCUUUUGGACAGCGGAAUCCUCAAUGGCGAGAACCUUGAUGAGAUUGAGAAUCAGCAAACUCGUGAAGACCAAGCUAAAUCCUUGUUAGACAUUCUUCCUACCAGAGGACCGAAUGCAUUUGCUGUGUUUCGAGAUGCUCUGAAGCACCGUUAUCCGCAUUUAGCACGGAUACUGAACGCCAAAGGCCAGCAGGGACCACCUGAAGCGCCCCGUGUAUUCAUCAUCCACGCAGGAGAAGACAAAGAAUCAGUUGUCCGCCCUUUGGUCGCCACGCUACAACAACAAGGGUUGGCGGAGAAGGACAUAUUUUUCGAUGACGUUUCCAUCAAACCAGGCGAAGUCAUUCGGGACAGAAUAAUCUCGACCUUAUCAAGUCAAAGUUUAGAACUUGCUGUCGUUGUCGUAAGCACAGCAUUCCUGAACAAACCCUACUGGCCUAAACUGGAGUACGAAACGUGUCUGAAAAAUAACAAACGGAUAUUCCCGAUUUGGGUCGAUGCUAACGAGGACAAAUUCAAGGCCUUUAGUGAGUUAGUCGGGAAAUACUCUCCCACACUGAAACAGAUGAGUGCAAGACGUGUACAGAGAGAUGAUGUUACUGACGAGCUGACAAACAUCGCUGCAGAAGUCGUUCAGCGACUUUCUACGUUGAGAAGUGCCACACCUUCGCCUGCAGCAAUCCAAACACUUGUGUACUUGACACCCUCGAAUUCUCCAUCACCAAGCGAUUCUGGAUCAUCGGACGAAGAAACCAGACCCAAAGACCAAGACAUGCAAGCGGCAGGUGUCAGUGACGAACAAUGGGUAGAGGACAGACUCAAGGAUGAAAAGGCGAGGCAGUUAGAUUUACUCGGCAAAUUGGGAAGCAUCCAGCUAGGUCUGUUGAAGGAAGCAGAAGGGUUUCUGUCCAAGGAAGAGACAGAAAAGCAGGCGAAAGAGGUUCUGUCACAAUUACUUAAAUCAGGGAUAGAUAUUCUUAAAACCAAGAUGGGUUGUGCAAUCCUUCACCUUCUCCCAACCAAUCAAUCAUCUUUGGACUCGUUCUGGACAGCUUACAGGUCUGGACAGCUCAGUGUCGUCUUUACAGGCCGACUUAUCACUGAUGAGAUGCGAACACUUGCCGGCCAAGACUUGGCAAUACGGGUCAUCAUGCUGGAAGAGCAGUACCAGCAAUGGUCAGAAUAUUUCAAAGCAGGAGACACGACACAGACAGUCCAGGAGUUUCAGAGUCUCACCAUGACACCUGCAGCUUCCUGGACGCCCCCUGCUGUGAGCGCUUCCACGUGGGAAGGCUAUGCGGAAGAGUAUCUACCUGAUGACACUGAGCAGGUUAAACUACUGUUAGACAGUGCCUGGAGAGAUCCUGUAGUAGAGCUUGUUGUACUGAUCCCUUUCUUCUGGCCACAUAUCAUCACCUAUUGGUUAGAGAGAAACCAAAGAUUCCCCCGAACCCUCACAGAGCUCUUGCAUUAUUCUCUAUGCAAACAUUUUGCAAGACAAACUGGUAUUGUUUCAGAACAACAAUGUGCUUCUUUUUCUGAAUCAAUAGCUGAAUCCCUGAUAUCGUUAGGAUCAAAGGGGCUGGGCAGCAUUGUGGAAAGGAACUGUAGGGAGAUAGAUCUUAGUGCAGAUGACAGAAAUAGUAUUGACCGUGAAGUCUUUGGCCUGCUCAAACUGACUGAAACUAAAAGGCACACCUUUGUUAACACGUUCCUACAUGACUACUGUGUAGCACUGUACAUCAAGAAUGCUUUAGACAGAAUGACAGACGUAGACACGACUGUACUUAAGCAACUGGUACAGAAUGCAGGUAGGAUGCCACUUGUUUGUUUCUUCGUGAGUGGGCUUUUAAGUGACAGGGCUGGUGACUUUCUGUCAGCUUUGGUAAAUGAUGGCGAGUUUAGUAGCCCAUUUGAGAAGGUAGAGACUUGCUUGAUAGCAUUGGCAGAGACAAAUCAUGUACAGAGUUUGUAUCUUUGUAUUGAAUCUGUCUUUGACGGAAAUGUUUUGGAUGUUUCUUCGGAAAAUAUCCUCUCCCUGUUGUUCUCCUCAGCAGCUAUCAGAUUUAUCAACCAGUCUCAUGUGGUUCGGUCAGUCCGCCUUUGUGAUCGAAGCAAACUGGAAAAAGAGGAGUCAACGAUUUUGAGCAAAUUGGAAGCUAAACCAGAUGAAGAGUCUGUUUGGUUGGGCGGUGAUUUGUGGUCUGAUGUCUCUGACAGAAAGUUCAUUCUGUUACUCCUGCAGUGUAUCCCUCUGUUGUCUGCAGUGAAGAAAGCAGGAAGUAAAAGUGAAGAACCAAUUAUGUCUAAAAUCCCUCUACAAAGACUUACCAUUACAAUGUGGUCUUCAGACACAAUCAACGAUAGUCAGCUGUUUCAGCUGACACAAGCUAUGAAGCGUAUGGUUUCUCUCACGUAUCUGUACCUGGGGUGUAACCAUGUUCAUGACGAUCUUGUCCACCACAUUUCUCCACGUACAAAAUACUGCAGUACAUCCAAACUAACAACUAGUCCAGUAAUGAUGCUAAUGUCAAUCCUGCCCCGUCUUGCCUGUUUGCAGGACCUAAGAUUGAGAGAAUGUAGUUUUCUAUCAGCUACUGAAGCCAGUGUCAUGUGUGACAGCAUCAAGGGCUCAUGGUCGUUGGUCAAGCUAAAUAUAACUGUGCUGCCGAUUGAAUGGAAUGAUGCGAUGGGUGCAGCAAUAGGAAAGCUCUUCCUUAAGCUACCUAAUUUAAAUGACCUUGUUAUAAGUAAUGGUUGUAGUGAAUCAUGCACAGCUCUUUCACAUGCUGUGAAGCACCUUGAUGCACUUAAAAAGUUACAAAAACUAGAAAUACAUGUAGAAAUGUCCGAUGAUGAGGCAAAGGCACUCGCCGUCAGUCUUCAACAUUCAGAACGUCUUGAGAAGUUUCAAUUGAGGAACUGUGGAAUAAACGACACAAGAUGCACUGCCAUAGCUCAGGCAUUUGUAAACAUGGGGUCACUGGAAACAUUAGAUCUAGGGUUUAACAAGAUUUCUUUGUUUGGUGCAAAAUCAUUGGCAGCCCAUGUUGGUAAUCUGGUCUGUUUGGAAGACCUUGAUAUGAGUCAUAACAAGUUGUCAGAUGAUGGGGUCAUUUUGAUUGCAGAGGCUUUUCACAAGAUGAAGUCAGUGACACGACUCCGUCUGUCUUCCAAUGAUAUUUCUGAUAAAGGGGGUACAGUUCUGAUGGGACAGAUAGGUUUCCUCACAAACGUACGUUACAUAGACUUGCAUCAUAACAAGUUGACUGAUGCUGUUGCCCAGCUUGUAGUUGAUACUGUGACGGGAAUGGAGGGGCUAUGGCAUGUUGAGCUCAGGUACAAUUGCUUCAGUGAUGAUGGUGUUGACAUACUGAAACAACAUCGUCACAUUCGGUCUGAUGAUCAACAUCCAGAAUGGUACUUACACAGGAGAGAGAGAAGGAAGCUGUUUCAUAAGGGGACUAGGGGUCAGACAAGUAUAAGUUUAUCCAAGCCCUUUGCACCAUACGGAGUAGAGAGUGAUGAAAGUUAAACAUGAAUUCCAUACUGCAGAUCCUGCAGAAUCUAUGCAAGAAGAGGCUGAGGUAGCUGAGACAAGUCAGAGCACUAAAAGUUAAGUACAAAGGCAGCUGGAAGUAUUAUAAAAGGUUACAUUAGUAACUUAUGAGUAACAUUGUUAACUGGCAAAUACUUUCUGAAUGUGCAUCCUUUUUAGGCACAUGUAACUAUGUCUUGCAUCUACAUGUACAUAUAUGCAGCCCAUUUUGUGAUAUUUUUGUUACACAAAUGUGUUUAUUGUACAUAUAUAUUUUGCUAAUAGUAAAAGCAUGUUUAUAAAAACUGAAAUGUAAACAUUUUAAUUCAAUUCCCUGAUCAAGUAUAUUUUCAAUGGAAUUUUCUAGUUUUCCUUUAGUUUUCCUUUUUGUUUUAGAAGAACAAUGCCAAAGUGAAGUUUCUAUUGAACAUACAGGGAAAGAUAAGGCACUAAGCAUUGAACAUGUUCUACAGUACUAGUAACGAUUUGCCCCUUAGUUCUUGUAGCACACAUGAACAUGUAACACUCGAUUUUAGCACCUGUUGCUGAUUCGAAAGUACUGCUUCUUUCAAGCAUUUAAAUAUGUUAUCAUUUGAUUAUUUUGACAUAAACAACCAGGAUGUAAUCUAAAAGCUAAGAAGAAUAUGAUAGUCUCCUUCUCCACAGGGGAACCAAGUUCUGCAUGUUUGAUUAUUUUACAACACUUGUCAUCGCUUAGAUUCAAGUUGACAUCUUCUUUUAAUCAUUUUUUAAUUUCAUAUGUGUGUGCCAAUUUUGUGUGUUCUUAUUUUGUGUGUGCCAAUUUUGGAACUGACCAGAGGAUGACAUGGCUGGGUCAUGAUAUUUGGGGUAUAUUGAUAUAUAUAUAACUUAGUCUCUACCAGACUCCGGAUCGCUGUAAAAUCGUAGAAAUGGAACAAAUAGAGGAGUAAACCGGCCAGAGAACUAUAGCUGGCUAGGGAACAGCACACGAUCCAUGGAUCCGGAGUCUGGUAGAGACUAGUGGUAACUUUUACAAAUUCUAUGUAUCGGCAUAGAAUACUACUUCAACUAUUCUAUAGCAUAGAGAGGAAACAUAUGAACAAAACAGAGCGACUUGUGAACAAACGGUUACUUUAUUUCUCCAAUGUCACCAUAAAAGUACACAUUUUCAUCUCUCUCCUGCUACAACCUCAGAAUCCUAAAUGCCCUGAGCUAAAAAGGACUAACUCAAAGUAUUAGUACUACAUAUACAUGUACAACGAUCUGUCUACCACACUACAUGAAGUUUGAUUUGUCCCUUUCUACAUGUAGUUCUUUUGGCAUCUAUCAGUAGCUUAAAAACAAACCAUGUCUACUAGGAUGUUCCACAUGUCGCUGACAAUGAACGUAAAACAUAAGUACACAAAUGUUCGAAUCUGGCCUAUGCCUUACCACAUUGGCAGACUUUGACAUAGAACUAAUGAACAAAACUGUAAAAGUUUUACCCAGAUUUACCCAUCCCUGACACACAAGUUGAGGUAGGAAAUAAGCUGUGCACUAAAAUCUAAUUGCAGGAAAAGCAGGAAGUAGUAUAUAUUUAGUGGUAUGACGGGUGAUUAAUAAGUUCUCGGCCUGGCCUUUUGGGACAUAAUCAUAGAGUAUGAAGACAGUCCUUUAACAAUUAAGCCACCAAAUUUCAAAUCAUUGUGGUCAUUGUUUUCCAGUCAUGCAAAGGAAUGUUCACAGUAACUUGAAUUUUAGUAACCAUUCAUAAAAGGCUUUAAACGUAUGAAAAUGCCCCAAAAUGUGAGUAGUCCAUCUUAUUCUGUGUUGGGCUGCGAGUUUAUUUUACAACACUAUGCUUGAUUUUGUCUUGGAAAUUCGAUAUCCUUCUGACAUUGCAAAUGUGUUGCAAAAUCAACAAUAAAG